UUUAAUAUGAUCUUUAAAACGAUAAUUAAAUUUUAAUUUAUGAUUUUAUUUCUUGCACGCCGCGAGUACAAUUUAUCUUUUCUUCACAAAAUUGCCCAGAUCAUCCAAUCAAAAUCGUCGUAUGAUUUAAACAGCGCCAUUUUCAAAGGAGUAAGCCAACAAUGGCGACGGAUUCCAAGCCUCUCGAGGCUUCAAAGAAGGAUGACGCAUAUGACAUUGGGGCAACACGUGUUCUGCGUUUAAGGCACUCACCUAUGACAAAAAUGUCAUUCUACAAACAUUACAUGAGGGAGGAAAGGCCCCUGCAGGUAGUAUUGGUAGGGGAAACUACUCAGGAGAAUGAAGAAUUGAGGGCAGCUUUAAAAAGUUUGGGUAUAAAGCCCCGGAAAUCUGACACAGGUACAGACUUCAUACAGACUGCCUCGGAGAGAGAAACCGUGUUUGUUUUGUCAGAGUUCGAGGGAGAUGUCUUUCACAACCUCUCCAAAGCAGAGGCUAACAUAGUGGGUCCCCCCGUCAUCUAUCACUGUGCCAAAGAAAAUAAGGAGGUGCCCUGUCAUUCCCGACCAUUGUACAACACGGCCAUGGAGGGAGUUAUUUUGUGCUUCACUGGUUUGGACAAACAAGAGGCUAGACCCCUUGCAGAGAUAGUGCACCACAUGGGAGGAAGUAUACGUAGAGACGUGUCUGCCAAAGUCACUCAUCUCAUAGCAGACUGCACAGACGGUCCCAAAUACAGGCUUGCCAGUAGUUUAGGGACUCCUAUUGUCAAACCAGACUGGAUCUACAAAGUAUGGGCAGACAAAGAUGUGGUGGGAAUAAAAGCCGAUGACAAAAUGGUACAAUACAGGGUACCCCCAUUUUACAAAUGCUGCUUGUGUUUUUAUGGUUUUACGGAGGAAGAAAAGAAGCAUAUGGAAGAAUUGACUGUAGAAAAUGGUGGAAUAUUUGCUGAGAUAGGGGAUGAGGACUGUACACAUUUGGUAGUAGAUGAUCAGCAAACUCCAGUGCUACCCAAAGACAUAGUGCUUCCACAUUUCAUUGUCAGAGCUGAGUGGUUUUGGGGGAGUCUACAAAUGGAAGCUUGUUCAGAUGAAAGGUUUUAUGAAUAUCAAAAGGAGACAACCCCUGGUUCUUUGUUUACACCUGGCCGAUGUAUGUCCGGCUCCAAGUCAAGGAAACGCAAGAGGCUUAAGGAGAAUAUUGCCCAGCUGGCCGCAGAAGGAGAGCUGGACUCCCCUCUCUACAAGCGGCGCUCCAGUAGCGAGUAUAGCCGGAUAUCCAUGAGUCCUAGCUCAUUCCUGGACGCCUCCAAUACACCAGAUAAAUCAGAUGUACUGACGGAAACAACUGAGAUUGAGGAGAAGUCAAAGGCUGUUCCAUCCAAGUUAUCACCCAGACAACAGGUUGUCAUGGAGUUACUGCAAACCGAGAAGAACUAUGUGGCCAUAUUGCAUACCAUUUUAAAUGUUUUUAAAUCUGAAAUAGAGAAACCCAAUCAAUACCAUGGUGCCAUUUUGGCUGCACAAGACAUCAAACUAAUUUUUGGAAACAUUCCUCCCAUCUACAAAGUCCACUGUGAAAUCAAAGAUGAACUGAUGGCCCUCAUGGAAAACUGGACAGAAGAUUGUCUAGUGGGUCAGGUCAUAUCACAGCAUGCUGAAGCCAUGCUGAAAGCGUAUCCUCCAUUUGUGAAUUACUUUGAGCAGACCAAGGAAACCAUAACCAAAUGUGAUAAAUCCAAUACAAGAUUCCAUGCUUUCCUCAAGGUGUGUCAGAGUAAGCCUGAGUGUGGGCGUCAGAGUUUGACGGAGCUGUUGAUUCGGCCCGUACAGAGACUGCCCAGUGUGUCGCUUCUUUUGGGAGAUAUUUUAAAGAAAACCAGUCAAGAUAACCCAGAUUAUGAAAGACUGGAAAAUGCAAUUGAUCUUCUUAAAGAAAUUAUGACACAUAUCAAUGAAGAUAAGAGGAAAACAGAAAACCAGGUUGUGAUGUUUGAUAUUAUGAAUGAAAUUGAUAAUUGUCCGGCAACAAUUUUGUCCUCCCAUCGGAGUUUUGUGACGAAGGCUGAUGUGAUAGAACUGUCGGACGAGCUGAGUGGACGAAACUUCCCUCUGUCCUUGUUUCUAUUUACAGAUACGCUAGAGAUCUGUAAGAGGAGAACCAAGCAUGGUAGUACUGCCAAGAGCCCCGCCCUCAGGAGGAGUCCCCAGAAGCCGUACAAACACCUGGGUCUGUUACAACUGAAGACGCUCAAACGGAUCAUCAACUACAGGGAGUCAGAAGAUUGUCAGAACAGUUUCGGAAUCAUUUUUAAAUCACAUCCUGAUGACAAAGACAAGCUUUACAGUUUCAUGGUGGAUGAGACGGAUGUAAACAAAGUUCAGUUCCUGACCUCCCUGGCCAAAUCAAUCGCCCAGACCAAGUGCCUGGCUGAUCACGAGGGACUGAUUGCCACAGUGGAGGGGCGGGACCUACAAAUCAACACCUCUAUCCUGGGGAGGAGCACGUUCAGCAGGGCUGCCAAAAUUGGUAAACGGGUCAGUAGGGCAUUUUCCUUCAACAAGACACCCAGUAGAUUAAAAAGAGCAGUGUCCAGUGUUCUCAGUCCAUUCUCCCAUGAAAACAACCACAACACUAUCAAUGUGAUGGGCACGCCGCGACGUGGUGGUGAUCUAUUCAACCGAAGACAAGCCAGCUGUAUGGACCUCACUGACUCCAUCUCGAUGCUGAGUAGCUACCCAAGCUCUACCACCCUGUACCAGGAGGAGGACACGGUCAGUCUGGGGGCCUACUCCCUCCAGACCCCCAUGGAACACUCCAACAUGAACGACUACAACAGUCGACUCAUGAAACCUCCCAGCUAACUGGGCAAAGAUAUGACAGUGAAAUGUCCUAGUCUGUAAUCUGACACAAAUGAAAAAAGGAUAUACAAACGAAGGCAAUUACUUAUAUCUCAACUUAGAGUCAAUCAAGUGGAAAGAAGAAAUAUAUGUUGGGAGUGAUAUCAUUCUUGGUUUACUACUAGCAUGUUUUGAAUUCUUGUACAUACGAGUAAAAGUAUCUCCACAGAAGUUUAAAGUGCAGUUCAAAGAAUGUGUUGGCAAAAACGAUCGAGUGAGAGUUAACUGAAAAAGUGCUAUUUAUUUUGUUACUGUACAGAACUCGCAAUGAAACUUGCACUGUGUGCUCCAGGCAAUGAAGAAACAUUUUGGAAGUGGAAGCUAAGAAUGUCAAGUGCCUUGUUUUAUGCAUAAUUAGCAGAGAAAUGCUUUAAUGAUUCCUUCUUUUUUUCUUUCUCUUUUACUUAGGUCUGAUUGAUGUGGGUUUUGUAUUUUUAACUGUUUUUUUAAACAAAAAUUGCUUGGUUUUUAUUUCUAAAAAUAUUUCCCCAUUUCACAUUUUCAAAUCUUUAUGAGUUAAGAGGUACACAUAAAGGUAAUUGAUUUUUGACUGAUGUUCCAAUUGUUCCAGAAUAAUAGAAUUACAAUGUAUCUCAGAUUUUCUUUUUAUUGAUGCCCUGAAAUGAGAUACUUCGUACCAUCACUUUUAAGAACAUGAAUGCGAGUUCCUCUCAGUUUUCUGGGGUUGUAAGGUUUAGUGAACUUUAUUAAGUAAUUGUCUAGACAGUAGCUAGUGUAGACAAACAGGAGAACCCAACCUCCCAAGUGAAGUGUAGACAAUCGUAAACAUGAGCAGUUAACAUCCCAAGUUUAUAGUCAUUCUUUAAAAUCUUUGCACUGAACAUGGUUCCCUCUCAGAGUACAGCAAACAUGUAUCUAUAUCUUCUUUCAAGAAGUACAAAAUGUAUUAUGAUGUUAUUUUAAGUGUAAAGGUGCAAAAGAACAUUAGAAGUAGUAAGGAGGUUUGUUUUUCCUCACUAUAUACAUCAUAGAUUUGUUCAUUAGAUACAGUUUCAAUGUUUUUCUGUGUACAAGUGUAUGAAAAUGCAGUAUUCAGAUCAUUUAUCUAUGCCUACACCAUUAUUAUCUUUUAAAUAUUAUAAAGUUGGGGAUCAAGGUCACAUUUGAUGUAAUCUAUCAUUUACACUGUACAUUAUUUGUACCGUAACCAUUUUUUCUUGUUCUGUGAUAGAGUCGACAGGAAUCUGCUUUAACUUUUGGUCUACAGCAUUGUACAAAAGGUAGGUCUGUCUUGGUACAGCCUUGGCCAAAUCAUCUUAGUUUUAAGUUUAAUGUGAUGACAGUCAUUUUUACCCCACCCUGUACCUGAUGUUUGUUAAUGUGUGACAACUGUAAAUUAUGUAACAUAGACAUGUAGUCCACAGUUAAUGUGAUGAGAAAGGUUGUGUAUGAUGAAGGCAGUGCCAUAGCACGCAAUGACGUCAGUAAAGAAUGAUAAAACAUCAGA